AUGAGCGCGGGCAGCGGCAGCGGCGCCGCCGGCGCGGCGGGCACCGCCACCUCCGCGCUGUGCCUGCUGCUCUCGCUCACCGCCGUGGCCGUGUGCCUGCUGCUGGGCGCCAAGACGGCGGAGCUGCAGGGCCGGCUGGCCGCGCUGGAGGAGCGGGGCGCCGCCGGCCACGGGCCGCUGCUGGACGCGCUGCAGCCCCGCGUGGAGCAGCUGUUCCACGAGAAACUCGGCGAAGGACUGGCGAAGCUGCGGACGGCGCGAGAGGCCCCCCCAGACUGUGUGUGCCCCCCAGGGCCCCCAGGGAGGCGAGGGAAGCCCGGCCGGCGCGGAGAACCCGGUCCCCCUGGGCAGUCAGGACGCGAUGGUUACCCGGGGCCUCUUGGCUUGGAUGGCAAACCAGGACCUCCAGGACCAAAAGGGGAAAAGGGGGAAGCAGGAGACAUUGGCCCAAGGGGUGAUCAAGGUCGGGAUGGAGCCACGGGCCCCCCUGGUCCACCAGGACCCCCAGGUGCCCGGGGGCCUCCUGGUGACACGGGAAAGGAUGGCCCAAGAGGACCCCCAGGCUCCCCUGGUUUCAAAGGCGAGCCAGGAGAGGAUGGAGUCAUGGGUGCCAGAGGACCUCCAGGACCAAAGGGUGAGCCUGGUGUCCAGGGGAAAAAGGGCGAUGAUGGGAUCCCUGGGGAACCAGGACUCAUGGGCCCUAAGGGAGAAAAAGGAAGUGUGGGUCCCAAGGGAGAGAAUGGCACAGAUGGCUUCCCAGGACUGAAGGGUGAACCUGGUGAGAAGGGAGGAAUUGGCUCCAUUGGACCCCGGGGUCCCCCUGGGCUGAAAGGGGAGCAGGGAGACACCGUCGUGAUCGACUACGAUGGCCGAAUCCUGGACGCGCUCAAGGGUCCACCAGGUCCCCCAGGGCCACCAGGUCCCCAAGGCACUCCAGGUCCCAAGGGAGAGCUGGGCUUGCCAGGUCCACCUGGGAUGGAUGGUGAAAAGGGUCCCAAAGGAGCAAAGGGUGACCAGGGCAGCAUGGGGACCAUGGGGCAGAAAGGGGAGACAGGAGAAAUGGGCUCAGCAGGUCCCCCGGGAGCAGAAGGGCCAAAAGGAGACAGAGGAGAAAAAGGAGACACUGGGUCACCAUGUCUGCAGAAUAAUCAUAUCAUACCUGAGCCUGGACCUCCUGGAUUACCUGGCCCUAUGGGUCCUCCAGGAAUCCAGGGGCCUAAAGGUUUGGAUGGUGCCAAGGGAGAGAAAGGUGACAGUGGUGAGAAGGGGGACCAGGGUGACACCGGACCUGCUGGUCUCCCGGGUGCUCCAGGGCUCAUUGGUUUACCUGGUACCAAAGGAGAAAAGGGAAAGCCAGGGGAGCCAGGAUUGGAUGGUUUCCCUGGUCUCAGAGGAGAGAAAGGAGAGAGAAGUGAAAGAGGCGAGAAGGGUGAACGAGGAAUACCAGGGAGAAAAGGGGCCAAAGGACAGAAGGGGGAACCAGGCCCCCCUGGGCUGGAUCAGCCUUGUCCCGUGGGACCAGACGGACUGCCAGUAGCAGGAUGUUGGCAUAAGGUACAGUAACAUUAAUAACUGGAUAUCCUUGAACAGGUCCUGAGUGAUUUUGCUCCCUGCAUGGUGAUUGUUUGCACUGCUGCACGUGCAGCCUGGCAGACAUGAGGUUAUGCCUUGGGAGAGCAGCAUUCCAGCAGCUUCAGGUCUUGUUCCCCCCAGCUCUGGACUGGUGCUGGGAACACCAAAAACUUGCUAAGCAUGAUAAAUCAUUGUUAGCACUGUCAGGAGAAUGCCUUUUUACAGGCUUGCUUGGGUUUUUAUCAUGGCCAAGGAAGCUCAGGAACCAGCCAUGGAAAGGCUGCACCAGUGCUUAUGUGCCUUCCUCAGUCCAUACCCUCCCAGCUGAGAAGUUAACAGUGGGCUGUCUCUGUUUGGACAGAGUUCCAAACAUUUCUUUUCUAACCAAGACUCUUCUGCCACUGUAAUUAUAACUCAGGGCUCUGAUCAGCACCCUGGGUGCAGGGCUCAGGUAAUUUGUAGCAUCUCGUGCACCCAGAGCAGCCAAGGGCUGGAAGUGCUACUGGCAGCCUGGGAGAAUGAGGAGAGAUGUGUCCUCCUGUAAAAUGGGGAUUUGAUCCAGACUUGUAGGAGAAUCCUCAUUCUCCAACAAGAGUAUGACACUGAAGCUGAGUGGAAUUACAAACCCAGCUGUAAACAUGUGGUAUGUGGACACAGCUGGAGUUAACAGCAUGCCACUAACUGAUUGCAAACCCUCAGCUAGAAUGUGAGCACACCCUUGGUAUAUCAAAGGUUUUAAUUAUUUGUAAUUUGUUUGGAUGUACUGUUAAUAAUAAAGAAAUCUGAACGACAAUCCUUACAGUAACAGUAAAGUUAGUAAGUGCAAUGGAUGGAGCAUUUCUCUGAUUAAAAUGUUUGUUUGUGUGUUCUUUUUCAGUGAUCUCUAAGCAUGAAGCACAAUAUGUAAAUAAUGUGAUAUAUUUUGAUCUUUUUAAUUUUUGUAUAAAAAAAGGAAAAAAAAACUUUUGACAGUAAUAUAUUGACCUUUUUUUAUACUGGAUUCUGCCAUUUAUGGACUUGGAAAAUAAUGUAAAGCUCCCAAACCCAUACCAUGGCAUGGUAACACCAGGAUUUGCUAAAGGUACUGAUGGCAGUAGCUGAGGAUGAACAGUGUUCCCUGCUCAUGCUGCAGUGUGAGCUAACAGUACUGAGCCAGCCUCGUGUGCCUUACUGCAUGAAGGAGGGCAAAAUUCCUGUCCUAAUUUGGCUCUCAACUUCAUAUUUGCAUUGUACAUGCACAUUAAAAGGGUGAAAAAACCUGGCUGAAAACAAAGAAAAGAAGGAUGCAGCCCUAAAAAUGGAAGAAGAUGCUGCCUACUGUCUGGUCAAGCAGGAGAAGGAUUUGCAACCUGCAGAGGAAACAAAGCCAAGCUCCAUCCGCCACUACCUGCUGUGGGUGUGAUGGAAACAGCAAUUCUGGGGCUAAACUGAACAACCUUGACUGCCUGUGGUUAUUUCCUCUACAAUCAAGAGAAACCUUUUUCCUCAAGAGGAAGCACCUCUGGGUCCUGUUCUGGGGUCUGAGCCUGAAGAUUUGCCAGCACUUUGUUACUGUGGAACACAAAUUCCCCAGGAAGCCUCUGCUGCAGAAUUUCAAACCAGAAAAGCCUGGCAAUAAUUUCAGUGCAGGGAGCUGCAGGACAGGGAAGGCUCUGCUCAAGUCCCUUCUUAAACAAUGGAGCACAUCAUGUUGCUCUUGGGGCUCCCAGAAAUUGGGAGUUUGGAGUAUUUAAUUGACUUGGUUUGUGGGGUUCAUUUGCUUUUUAUUUCUUCUUGGUUUACAUGGUUUUUACUGUAAACUAACUCUGCACUCUCCUCUUGUCUUAUUUUUCUUCACCUUUUCAGUCUCUUUUGUUAAAUUAUCUCUUCUCAGGCACAUCCUAUGCAGAGCAGGGUAGUGGAUAAAAAUCAUUAUUAUUUUGAUAUCUGCAUAUGCCACUGUGGGAUCAAUUAAAAUUGAAAACUAUUCCACAGUUCAACAUUUUUAAGAUGUUGAAAAAACAGCAACUGUGCAGCAGAGAGCCAUAAAAAAAUAUUUCAAAGAGGAAGAAGAUGGCUUACAGCCGAGUCUGUUCAGCUUACAAUGAGGAUCAAGAAGCAACCAGAUUCCUUUACAGGGAGGAGAUACUUUGUAUUAACAAGUUUUUAAACUGCACAGAGAAAGAUAUACAAAUGCUCAUCCAAUUAGAAGCUGAAGCCACACAAAGCUGAAAACAGUAAACUGUGGAUUUUUAUUGGUAAAGCUGGUUAAUCCUAACCAGAUCAGUGAUAUAAUUAC